AUGGGAUUCUUAGAUAAUAUAAAAUCGUUCGUUCAUUCAAUAACAACUGAUGAUCAUUAUGCUUCUUAUUCUUAUAAUAAUAAUAAGAAUAAUACUACCAAUCCUUCAUCAUCUUCUCAUACUUCAAAUUUAGGUUCAAAUCAAGUUAUGAUUGGUGGUUUAUCAAAUAGUUCAAAUUCUCAUUUAAACCGAACUCAUACUCAUCAUAGCAAUAAUUCAAAUCAUUCUUUGGUUAUUGGUUAUAAACCAGGUUUAAGAUCUUCUUCAAAUCAUGAUUUACCAAUGACCACAUUUGAUGAAAAUGGUCAACCUCCAUUACCUUCAAUAGAUUCAUUAUGGGAUAGAAUUGAAAAUUGGAUAGAAUUAGAAUAUCCUGAAUUAGAAGAUAAUUUAAAUGAUGGGGUUACUACUCGUGAUUUAAAUGAAUUUGAAAAUGAUUUACGUAUUGGUGAAUUACCUACUGAAUUUAGACAAUUCUUUAAAAGGCAUGAUGGUCAAUUAGCAGGUGGGAAACCAACUGGUUUAAUCAUGGGAAUGGAAUUAUUGGAUUUAGAAGGUAUUGUCACUGAAUGUAUGCUUUGGCAGAAAGUUGCUGAUAGAUUAGAAAAACAACAAUAUAUUUUACAACAUCAACGACAACAACAACAAAUGCAAAAACAAUCAUCAUCAUCAUCCCCAGAACCAGGAGCAAGUUCUUCUGCAUAUCCCGCUACUCCAUCCCAAUUAAAUAACACAUUUAUCUCCAAUCAAAGAUCCAUUCCUCCAAAUUCAAUCCAACCGGUAUAUUAUCACAAAGGUUGGCUUGUAUUACUAAAAGAUAACAUUGGUAAUCAAAUCGCCAUGGACCUUGCUCCCGGUCCACAAGGUAAAUGGGGACAAAUAAUCAUAUUUGGAAGAGAUUUCGAUACAAAAUUAGUCAUUGCCAACAAUUUACAAGAAUUUUUAUUUCAAUAUGUAAAUGAUUUAGAAUUAGGUAAUUAUCAAAUUGAUUCACAACAAGUUGAAGAAGAUUUAGGCUUUUUAUCCCGGGAUAGAAAUGAUGAUUAUAUGAUUGGUGAUGAAGAUGAAGGCCAAGGUGAAUUAUGGUUUUUUGAUCGUGAUGCCAAAGAGUUUGGUAAAGGAGUUAUUAGAGGAAAUAUGUCAUAUUUGGAAAUUUUAAAAAGAAGAGCCUUGAAAAAAUAUGGUUUGGGUGAAAAUUAUCUGACUCAAUUUAUUCCUCAAAGAAUAAAACCAACUACUUCUGCAGGUAGUUUGAAACCAAGUGGAAGUAGUAGUACUAGUAGCAAUGGAGGUAAUGUUGUUUUGAAUCAAUCGAGAAAUUCUUCAAGUAGUAAUUUAAAACCAGCUAAUAAUAAGCCAAUGAAAUCUAGUCCUUUGGUGAAUCUUGAUUCUAGUUCUUCUCAAUUUGAAAUCCCAAAGGAAACUAUUAUAGAUAACAAAGAAUCCCUUGAAGAGAAAAAAGAUACACAAGAAGAACAAGUAUUGCCAGUGACAGAAACUAACAAGGAAGAAGAACCAAAAAAAGACAUUCAAGAAUCUAAUCCAGAAGAAACUCAGCAAGAAGUAAACGAAUUAGAAGGAAAGCUUGCUCAAAUUGAUCUUGAUAAACCAGAACAAGUCCCUGAGAUAAGUCUCGCAGAAGACGAAGCGGUAAAAACAAAUGAAAACGUUGAAAAUUGA